GUAAAAUGCAGUAAAAAAAAUUAUACAUAAAAUAAACAAAUUAAUAUUUAAACUGCCAAUAUGUCACGUUAUUUACAAUUAAUUAAAAAAACUUCCGGUUGUAUUUCGCACAAGGAAUGGAUUAAAUACAUGGUGCGAUAUUUAAACCAACAACCGUAUGCUAAGUUUGAUUUCUUUGAGGAUAAUGACUGGAUACCCAUACUUUCCACGUCGGAUCAACAAACAGCAAAUCAUUUAACUUUAUGCCAUUUAAUUCAUAAUUUUCAAGUAUAUCAAUUUAAAAAACUUUUUUUACUCCCGAGUGCUUUUAGCCCAAAUAUCCUAGUUCAAAGACCUACACACAUUUGGAUAAGAAUCGAACCGAUGAUCUUUUACAUACCGAAGAAGUACACUGUACAUCUAAAUCACCAGUUAAUGGUGACAGAGUAGAAGUAAACUCUAUGUAGAUACCUUCGUGAUUUUAAUUAAAAGCGUAAGGACAAAAUGAUUAUAAUUUGCUAAA